GUCGGCCCAGCCUGAACCACUACACCGCUCUAGUUUGAUGAUCUGGAGGAGUUGAUGGGACAGAGAGAUGGUCCAGUUCACUUUCAGUAGAGCAGGCGCACAUGCUUCUGCUCCAAACCGUCAUCGAGAAUGAUAUGAAGAGUAUAGGAGAAAGAGAUGGUUGACAGUGCACCAAUGGUUCUGCUCCCCCACCAAUCUAGUCCAAUGUUUUCUCCUGUGAACCCUAUGCUUGCAAGAAUGGGACUUUUACUUUCUUUCCGAGAACGAGGACUAGUCCCUGUAUCCCCAGACAGUCCCACUUCAGAUGGACCUUUUGACCUUUCCAAGCCAGGGAAAGAUGACCAGCCUUUAGAUCUCCGGGUUGAGCGGAGAAAGUGUGACAGUGAGACCAAUUCUACAGUAGAGGAUGAGAAUAGAAACCUUGUACCAGUUCCAAGACCUGAGAGUAGGCAGAGCUCUAUUACUGGAGAGGAGAACGAGGACAGCUCUCCAACUCCUCCCAGGCUAUUCCCCUUAAAUUAUUCCUUAGUCUGUGAUAGUCUAACCAUGCUACAAUAUAAAUAUCCCCCCUCAGGUUUACCUCCCUCCAACCGUGCCAUAUAUGAGCGAUUUGAGAAAGGUUUGAGGCUCCCAACCCCCCAGAUAUCCCUAUCCUCCUCCCUCUACUCUAACCCUGGUUAUCAUUCUUCUCCUGGGUUCGGAUCCCCGCCUAGUCGUGAUACUCCAGUACAAAAGACUUUAAAGGCGAUGCUUGGCGGUAACUGCAGUAGCAAUCUUGGUAAACCCAACAAGGAACGGUAUGGAUGCAAAUACUGUGGUAAAACCUUUCCCCGCUCAGCAAACCUCACCCGACACCUCCGAACCCACACCGGAGAACAGCCCUAUAAAUGCCAGUUUUGUGAACGAUCCUUCUCCAUAUCCUCAAACCUACAGAGACAUGUGAGAAAUAUUCACAACAAGGAGAAACCGUACAAGUGUCAUCUCUGUGAACGUUGUUUUGGUCAGCAAACCAACCUGGACAGACAUCUGAGGAAGCACGAAAACGAUGGUCCUACUAUCCUGGACGGAUUAGGUUCAGGCAGGCACAAGUUUUUUCUUCCUUGUAAGAGGGAGCAGGAGGAGCGAAGAGACGUUCUUAUCGCAGCUCUUCACGGUGUAUCUGGGGGGUUGAGUGAACACGAGUUAAAGAUCGAGGAGGAGGAAGAGAUGGAGGAGGAGGAAGAACUAGAUGUGGACGGAGAACCCAGAGAUGAAGGAGUAUCACCUCCCUGAUUAUGAGUCUUAAACCAACAAUGUAACUUAACCUGCCAUGUUUUAGUGAAAUCAGUCAAAAUCCUUGCCACUACUCAAAGACAAGAGUUUUAACUCAAUAGUAGAAACUGAUGCUGAACAGAACUCUGCAGAGUUACCUUGAAGCAAAUUUGCAUCUUCAAAAACAUUUACCCUUGCCAUUUGGACUGUUUUACCAGGAAAUUCUCUAGUCGAUAUUAUAAACCCAUAUUGUUUUUGUUAUAAAUUAUUUUGUUAUCAAUAUAAUACUCAGAUAUUUUUUC